AUGCAAAGCAACAUGGAGGACUUUGGAAUUGAAGGCUGUAGCUAGCUAGCUAAUGUCUGUUUUAUUUCGCUGGAAGUGCAGUAGCUUGACGCAUGGCGACCGCCUCACAGUCAGAGGUGCAGUUCAGAUUUGUGGUAGCAGGUGGAGGAAUCGCUGGAGUUACCUGCGCACAACAGCUGGCGUCCCAGUUUCCAUCUCUGGACAUUGUCCUUCUCACAGCUGCUCCGAUGGUGAAGACCGUGUCGAAUUUCAGACAGGUGUCUAAAACCUUGGAGGACUUUGAAGUUGAAGAGCAACCAUCCAGUGUUUUAGAGGAGAAGUAUCCGAACCUGAAAGUUAUUCAGUCUGCUGUCACAGUCCUCCACGCCAAGCAACACACACUCCUGACUGAGAAUGGACAGGUAUUCCAUUAUGAGAAGCUGUGUGUCUGUACUGGGGCCAGGCCUAAACUUAUUAUCCAGGAUAACCCUCAUGUGUUGGGCAUACGAGACACAGACAGUGCCCAGGAAUUUCAGAAACGCUUAUCAAGUGCAAAACGCAUAGUAGUUGUUGGAAAUGGAGGAAUUGCCUUGGAAUUGGUGUAUGAAGUGGAGGGCUGUGAGGUGAUCUGGGCUGUAAAGGACAAGGCCAUAGGAAACGCGUUCAUUGAUGCAGGAGCUGCUCAGUUCAUUAUCCCCUCGCUGGAGGCAGAGAAGCCAAAGAAAGCAUUGCCCUGCAAGAGAACACGCUACACCACUGACAAAGACACAGCCCCUAAUACAGCAGGUUCUGAAGGGCCUGGUAGUGCCUUAGGCCCGGACUGGCAUGAGAGCAUCAGUCUAAGAGGAGCAGAGCAGGUGUCCCACAGAGUCCAUGUAGAAUAUGAGUGUGAAAUUGAAAAAGUCUAUUCUCAGCAAGAGUUCAUGCAGUCCCCACUCUACACGCAGAAAACCAACUUGGGGGUGUGGCCAAUUUAUGCUCAGUUAUCCAAUGGGAAGACGUAUGGCUGUGACUUCAUCGUCAGUGCUACAGGCGUGGUCCCAAACACAGAGCCAUUUCUUCAUGGCAACAAUUUUGACUUGGCUGAGGACCAUGGUCUGAAGGUCGAUGAGCACAUGCAGACAUCUGAACCAGAUGUGUAUGCAGCUGGGGAUGUGUGCACUGCAGGCUGGGAGCCAAGCGCCUUCUGGCAGCAGAUGCGCUUGUGGACGCAGGCGCGGCAGAUGGGCUGGUACGCCGCUCGCAGUAUGGCGGCCGACAUCCUGGGCGAGGCCAUCGAGCUGGACUUCUGUUUCGAGCUCUUCUCCCACAUCACCAAGUUCUUCAACUAUAAGGUGGUGCUGCUUGGGAAGUUCAAUGCACAGGGCUUGGGCCAGGACCAUGAGCUGCUGGUACGCUGCACCAAAGGCCUUGAGUAUGUGAAGGUUGUCUUGAGGGGGGGCCGCAUGAUGGGGGCAAUCCUCAUUGGAGAAACCGACCUGGAGGAGACCUUCGAAAACCUCAUCCUCAACCAGAUGGACUUGUCUCCGUAUGGCCAGGAACUUCUCAACCCCAACAUCGACAUCGAGGACUACUUUGAUUGAAUCAAGCAGUUUGCUGUUUGGGAAUCUUGCAGUUGCUGGACGAUGAGAGGUUUUAUUUUAAUAUUUAAAUUGUCAGAGGGAUGAACCACUCUAGGAUGUCUAAAUCAAGUAGAAUAUCUCCAAGUUUUUUUUUGUCUUCUUUCUAUUAAUGGCUGAUACAAUGUUUACAGAGCACCAUGCAGUGAAUGAUAUAUGAAUAAAUAUAUGAUAUAUCCCUUGUA